AUUAAACAACAUGAAAUUAGUAGUGGUGAUCUCAAAACAUAUGUUGAAACUAAGUGGACAACUUAUUUUGUCAUUUUGACGAAAAGUAUACAUGAAUGUGUUUUUUUGAUUGUACAAUUUAAAAAUUGCUUAGACAAUAUUCAAGAUAACCAUUCUGAAGUUAUUAUAACUCCAGCUAUUUUAACAAUUCUUUAUAAUAAGGGAUUUUUUAGUGAUAUGCAGCAUCUUUCAGAAGUAUUAUUUCCAAUAAAAAAUGCAAUAUUAGCAGUUGAAGUGACUAAUUCUACACUUACAGAUACAUACGUAAAUCUAAUGAAAAUUGCAGCAGUAAUUCAAAAUCUUUUUACUGAUGAUGAAUAUAAGGGAUUUUGUUUAAAGAAUUCAAUAAUCCUACUUACCAACUUGCAUUUUUUCUUCAUUCUGCAUAUAAGGGAGCAGAAUUAA